AUGUGCCUUUUAACGUCUUCAUCCGGUGAGGAGCAGGUGUUCGUCGUUCGCGAAGGGCAGCAAACCAGAGCCAGAGCAGGGUCGACAAUCAGUCGGGAAGGUUUGCGCCGUCUCAGCCGCAUGCUACCCGCUAAUCACGAGCAACUCAUCCAUUUGCGCAUCAAGGAGAGCUUGAAUGAGGGUCCUUCAUGUUCUCAAGGAAAUUUUUUGGAUGUGAGAACUCGCUUGUAG